GUUGGAACCGUUUCUGCGCGAUUGCAGCCCCGGGAGGGUUAGGGGAUAGUGUCCGCCUUCGAGUUACAUUGAUGCGGCAGUGAGAGUGAGGGAGGCUCCGCGGGGCCGUUACACACCGACAUGUACCCGGGUAGGAAGCGGAGGAAACCGGCGCAGAGGACAGUGAAACCGGCAUUGGCCGAUGGAAUCAAAUCCAAUCCUUCCAAGAGGCACCGUGACAGGCUAAACUGUGAACUGGAUCGCCUGGCCAGUCUGCUACCUUUCACCGAAGAUGUGACCUCGAGCUUGGAUAAACUCUCCAUCCUCCGUCUCAGUGUCAGCUACAUGCGAUCCAAAACUUUCUUCCGGGUUGCCUUGAAGAACCACAGCUGUAACAAGAUUGCCGACGGAAGCGGUAACCACGGCAACAGGAAAGGGUUGGGAUUGGCGGACGGUGUCCUGCCAGAGGGAGAGCUUUUAUUGCAGGCUCUGAAUGGAUUUGUUCUGGUCGUCACAGCAGAUGGACUUAUUUUCUAUGUUUCCCAUACGAUUCAGGAUUAUCUGGGAUUUCACCAGGUCAGUUUCUUCUUUCUGGUGGAUGUUCUUAUUUUUUUCUACCAGGCUCUGAACUUUCAGGGGAAGCUGAAGUUCCUACAUGGACAGAAUAAGAAAGCAGAGGACGGUACUCCCAUCCCCUCUCAGCUGGCUCUGUUCGCCGUGGCAACCCCUCUCCAGUCUCCGUCCAUCUUGGAGAUUCGGACCAGGAAUAUGAUCUUCAGGACCAAGCACAAACUAGACUUCACACCACUUGCGUGCGACGCCAAGGGGAAGAUUGUUCUGGGAUACACGGAAGCUGAGCUCCGAGCUCGAGGAACUGGAUACCAGUUUAUUCAUGCAGCAGAUAUGCUUCACUGCGCAGAAAAUCAUGUCCGGAUGAUUAAAACCGGAGAGAGUGGCCUGACUGUCUUCCGACUGCUUACCAAAGACAACCGAUGGGCCUGGGUUCAAGCAAAUGCGAGGCUGGUGUACAAAAAUGGAAGACCGGAUUAUAUCAUCGCGACUCAGAGGCCCCUAGUGGAUGAAGAAGGAGGGCAGGAGCUCCGUAAACGCUCGCUGCACCUGCCAUUCACCUUCGCCACGGGAGAGGCGCUGCUCUACCAAGCGGCCUGCUCCGUCCCGGGAGUGCCUGACCCCUGGCGGGACGGAGGGAGGGGAGGCAGGGGCAGGAGGAACUCGACCAGCAAAGCCAAGAAGGGUCAGAGAAACGUGGACCCCAGCUCCCUUCUGGGCGCCAUGAUGCGUCAGGACGAAUCCGCGUACGUCUGCCACCCAGCGUCGGAGCCCAGGUAUCCCCAGGGCAGCCAGCCCGCUGGCACAGUCGGAGGUGACUGGCAGUGGCGUGCAAGUGACCCCGGUGAAGUGAGCCAGCAGGGGGUUGACGCCGGGCACCUCGACCCCCUGCUGGCCACGUUGGACUCCCUCGACCCGCCUGCCGAGGACAGUUGUCUGAACAGUGACUUAUUCAGUGCUCUGGAAAACCUGGGAUUCGGAGCAGACGACCUGCAGCUCCUCCUGUUCGACGAGAGGACGGUGACGGUGGAUACGGACCCGGGACGCGUCCCGACAUUGAACGACGUUUGGACAAACAGGGAGAUUUUGUCCUACGUCCACGACUCGAUCGUGACGAAGAGCGGCCAGGAGUGCCCCGGGGCCCAGCAACCCUUCCCGACUCCCGGUUUUUCCCAGACUGCGCUCACAGACCCUUUGACGUAUCCCUGCAAAGCCCCGGGCAAUGAGGCUCAGUAUCCCUGCCAGCGUUCCCAACGCUCUUUCCAUUCUGACCGUCAGACAUCACAGCAGCAAGGCCUGUUGCUGCAGGCCUACCAGAGUGACCAGGGCUUGGCUCAGUGUUUCCAAUCCAGCGAUGGGCAGCAACCUCAAGAGACUCAGGAGGAACCCACCCAUCAGCAGCUUAAGGUGCAUCUGCACGCACAGCGCCAGUUCAAACCAAAGACCCACCAGCCAUCACCUCUGGUCAACAGCAUGCUCUCUCGUAGCCCGGCAAACGCCCAGCUGUUGGAUUACAGUUGCCAGUUGGCAGUUGAUCAGCCGAUUGUGGACAAAUUGGAUCACCUCCUUGGUUAUGAUCAGAGCCUGACUUCCUAUCAGCAGCUGCUCCCCACGUGUCCGAGUGGGAUCACUCCGAGCACAGAUUCCCAUGUGACUGAGGCACCUUGUAUGGAGUUAACGAUGAAUGAAGGAACUGGCAACGAUGGCCAUUACCAUAGUUUCCUUGCCACAUUGUCUACACAUCACACCUUACCACAGAAGCAGCAAACUCAGGGGAUACCUCACUGCCAAUAUCAGCCCCUAAUUUCUUCCAGCAACCCAUUUGUGGACCUGUGUCCAGAGCAACAUUCGCUCACAGUGGAUCCUUAUGGAUAUUUCCCAGCAUUUGUACCUCAAGACAAUUCCCACAAGGUGGAGAGCAGCUGCAGUUUGGACACUGGAGACCUGGCAUUUGCUGGAGGUUAUGAACAUCCCAGUGGGAGCACAGUGCCCUCAGACAGGCUGCAAACCAUUGCGGGCAUUCAUCAAAACCCCUCUACAGCUGGCUAUUACCUUCAGGCACACCAAACUGGAAGGUCAGCUCAAGAUUUGCACCAGGAUGCAGAUUCGCAUAAAGAUGGAAGCUUUCCUGUUUAA